AUGGACGACAGCCUCGCGUGCCAGCGCUGUCACCAGCCACUACUUCGGGACCCGUCGACGACGUCCCCGUCCCAAGUCGACCUGAUCGCUGGCCAGCUGCCGGCACCAUCACCGCCCUCCUCGUUACCGCCGGCACAGAAGCUCGCGCAGCAGCCACCCGCAGCUCGACCGGCGGCACACGCAUGGGCGGGCGCCAACCCCAUCGCAGAGAGCUAUGUCUUCCUCCCCGCCUCUCCUUCUUCACCGAACAACGCCACCGUCCCCGCCGCCCCGAAGAAGCGACCGUCGGCGUCACGCUCUGCAUCGGCGACGCCGUCCAGUUCCCGCGCAUCAACGCCCCCACCAGGCGGUGGCAGCGGCGGGGAAGGCGGCCUCCGCACCGCGCCCAAUCUCGAUGCGCUCCUCAGUGCCAGGACGGACAUCGACCACCCGCUGUGCAUGGAGUGCACGGGCCUGUUCCAGAAGGAGCUGCAGCGUGAGCUCGAGGACCUGACGCGGGAACGCGACGCGUACAUCAACUUUGAGCGGACGAUACGGAAGCGCGCCGAAGGGAGCGAGGGAAUUAUUGGCGAAGACGAGGAGUGGGACGCUCUCCUGAAGCGCAAGGAGGAGCUUGCUGCGGAGGAGGAGCAGCUCCGGAAACAACUCAAGGAGAAGGAGGACGAGCUCGACGCUGUGCGCGAGGAGGAGCGACGGGUCAAAGAGGAGGAAGAGGCUAUUGACCAGGAAGAGUCUGAAUUCCUCCGCACGCAUACAGCGCUGAGCACGCAGCUCGCGCACCUCAGUCACACGCUGAGCACUGCCAAGACGCAGCUGCUGCUCUCGAGCAGUCUGCUCGAGCACCUCGAGAACACAAACGUAUACAAUGACGCAUUCCAGAUUGGUCAUGCGCCGCUCGCCUCCGAGGGAGGUCGCAGCAUCACGGUUGGCACGAUCAACGGGCUGCGGCUCGGCGGACGCCCGAACGUGGACUGGGACGAGAUCAACGCCGCUUGGGGCCUCGUCGCGCUGUGUAUCGACCGUCUCGCCGCCAAGGUUGGGUACACUUUUGAGUCUUACAAGAUUGUGCCGCUCGGCUCCUUCAGCCGAAUUGAGGACCUGCCGCCGAACAAGGGACAGUACGAACUCUACUGGACUACGGGCGCAAGACCGGCCGCGCCUGGGGAGAGGGGAAUAUUGAGUAAGCUCUUCAGCUGUCACCAGCGCACGCUAGCUGACGUCAGAAUUACCAAGGAUAAGAUCAACGGGCAUCCGAUCCGUAUGCCCGGUCUUGCGCUCCCGACUAUCUCGAGCAUGAGCAUCAUGGGUCUUGGUGGAAGCACCGAGGAGAAGAGCGACAGCGCCGACGAGGGGUGGACCCGCGCGUGUCGCGCCGUCCUCGCUGUCCUGAAGCGCAUCCUCGUGGUGGAGAGUGAGGAUAGGGACUAA